AGAAGCGGGUAACGGUCAGUGUUUGAAUUGUAGUUGGAAAACAGCGGCAGAUGACAGCAGACCUAGCUACGCUCGUAAAUAUCGCAAGCUAAUUUGUGUUAUCCCGAAAACAGGAUUAUAUCAAGCUGAAAAACAUGUCGAAGAAACAGAUUUUCUAUUCUGACAAGUACAACGACGACGAGUUCGAGUACAGGCACGUUGUGCUCCCGAAGCAGCUCUCUAAACUGGUGCCUUCCUCCCAUCUGAUGAAAGAAGAGGAGUGGAGGGGACUGGGGGUGCAGCAGAGUGUUGGCUGGAUCCACUACAUGAUCCACAAACCAGAACCACACAUACUCCUUUUCAGAAGGCCUCUUCCUAAGGAAUGAACAGAAACCGUCCUCCCGCCUUGUAGCUCAUCUUUAUUGGCAUUCAGCUGGACAUCUCUUCUACAUUUACAUCUUUAUAUGUGUUAUAGUGUUUUGUGAGGAAAAUCUUUUUUUCUUUAAAAUUUCCUGUCGUUUUGUUGUUGUUUUUUUUCUAUUGCUUGUAAUAAAAAGCAAGCACCUUUUGUUCACUGUGAAUAGAACCUUGUAUAUGGUAUAUUAUGAAGGGGAAUGUUUACUUGUCAUUUUUUCACUUUAAACAUUUUUUCCCCCUUGGGCUUUGGAAUUGGUAUAUGUACUGAGGGGAUUUUCUG